CUCUUUUUGUGUAUUUAUUGCUCGUUUCACCUCCCAAAGAGAUCACACCAAAAAGACGAACUUGUUUGUAAAACAAAAUCAUGGCGGUGCUUCUUCGUUCUAGUGUUGCUUUCCUCCUUCUUUCUAUCUUACAGGCUGUAAGCAUCGCAAACUCGGAAUCCUUCAUCGGUGUAAACUAUGGUCAAGUCGCGGACAACUUGCCACCGCCAUCAGCCACAGCAAAGCUUCUCCAAUCAACAUCGAUCCAAAAAGUCAGGUUAUACGGUUCAGACCCCGCGAUAAUCAAAGCCUUAGCCAAUACCGGAAUUGGAAUCACCAUUGGUGCUUCCAGUGGUGACAUUCCCUCACUAGCCUCUGAUCCCAACUUCGCCAAGAACUGGGUCGACACUAACGUAGUCCCAUUUUAUCCAGCGAGCAAAAUCAUACUCAUCACCAUCGGCAAUGAGGUCAUGUCAUCCGGCGACCAGAAUCUCAUGUCCAAUCUCUUACCGGCAAUGCAGAAUGUUCAGAAUGCCCUGAACGCUGCGUCACUUGGUGGCGAGAUUAAGGUAUCCACAGUUCACUCAAUGGCUGUACUUAAGCAGUCAGAGCCACCAUCUACUGGAAGCUUCGAUCCAAGUUUUGGGGAUUUGAUGAAGGGAUUGUUGGCGUUUAACAACGCAACCGGUUCGCCUUUUGCAAUUAAUCCGUACCCAUACUUUGCUUACAGGAGCGAUCCAAGACCUGAAACAUUAGCUUUUUGUCUUUUCCAACCAAAUGCAGGACGUUUGGAUGGAAACACAAAGAUCAAGUACAUGAACAUGUUCGAUGCUCAGGUUGAUGCUGUUUAUUCUGCGUUAAAUUCUAUGGGAUUUAAGAAUGUUGAGAUUGUGGUGGCUGAGACUGGAUGGCCUUAUAAGGGAGACAGCAAUGAAGUAGGACCGAGUCUUGAGAAUGCGAAGGCUUACAUUGGUAAUUUGAUUGCACACCUUAGAUCAAUGGUGGGUACUCCAUUGAUGCCAGGAAAAUCAGUAGAUACAUAUCUCUUUGCUCUGUAUGAUGAAGAUUUGAAACCUGGACCUGGGUCUGAACGAGCAUUUGGACUUUUUAAGCCUGAUCUCACCAUGACUUUUGAUGCUGGCCUCUCCAAGACUAGCCAGACUCCGUCGACGCCGAAAACUCCUGUGAAUUCAUCACCAAAGCCAAACAAAGCAGCAUGGUGUGUGCCAAAGGAAGGUGUUUCAGAUGCCCAAUUUCAGGCUAAUCUUGAUUAUGCAUGUGGACAAGGGAUUGAUUGUAGUCCAAUUCAACCUGGUGGAGCUUGUUUUGAACCAAAUACAGUAGCAUCACAUGCUGCCUAUGCCAUGAAUCUACUCUAUCAAACUUCUGAAAAAAAUCCAUCGACCUGUGAUUUCUCCCAAACAGCCAUCCUUUCAUCUGAAAAUCCCAGCUAUAAUUCUUGCACUUAUCCUGGUGGAAGCGCCUGAAAAGUAGAGGAAGGAAGCCACUGUUAAUGGCCUUUUUUCUGUUUUUUUUCUUUUCUUGCUUAAUGGUCUUCUACAGGUGGGGUGUGCAAAUAUAAAUCUAUGGAGAAAAUCUCUUGCUUUCCCCCUCCCUCAAUAUGUAAUGCUUGUUUAUAUGCUUAAGAUGGAAAAUCCAUGUAUAUAUUUGUGAAUUUAUAUUAAUAAUGCAUAAAUUUUGUGGCUUUCUUGAUU